CAUAUUUGUUGUUACUGGAAGGCGAGAGGAAAGAGUGGACGAGAGGGCCGUUUUUGGGCAAUUCAGAACCUAAGUAAUAGUUUUUAUUAAGUACUUUGCAGCAUCCAUUGUUUGUGGUGGUACUAACUGCGGAAAUGUCGGUAAAUAUGGACGAACUGAGGCACCAAGUGAUGAUAAACCAGUUUGUUUUGACUGCUGGCUGCGCCGCGGACCAAGCCAAGCAGCUUCUUCAAGCCGCUCACUGGCAGUUUGAGACGGCCCUGAGUUCCUUCUUCCAGGAGAGCAGCAUCCCAGGACACCAUCACCAGAUGAUGACUCCCAGGAACACCCCCGCCACCCCGCCCAUGUUCCCAGAGGCCCUGAGCAUGUUCUCUGCCCUGCGCGCCUCCGACUGCCCCUCCUCCUCCUCCACACCACACGGUGGCGCCGCAGGGGCCGCCAUGUCCUGCGCCUCUCCCCCGCCCCACGCGCACGCUCACGGAGGCUUCUUCUGGGCCGCCUCUCCCCCCCGCACACACACGCCAGCCUGGAUGCCCCCGCCGCCGGCCUCCCAGCACACGCUCACACACGCCCUGGCACACACACACACUCACCUGCACACGCACCAGCAGGCCACGCCUCUCUCCUGGCCGCCCGUCAGCCAACCAGGAGCCGGCCAGGGCCAGCCUAUCAUGUCGCAGAGAUGAUCCACGUCGCCCCCUCACCCACCGUGGCACUUUCAGGUGAUUUGAUUGGGUGAACGUGACGAUGCGGCGCUGUUUGGGAUUUUUGUGUUGAGAACAAAAAAAAAACUUUUUCAGGACAAAAAAAAGGAAAAAUAGAAACACAAACAGUCUGUCUCUUAUUCUUUUCAUUUCUUAGUUGUUUUUCUUCUCUGGACUCUGUGGAUCUCUCCGUUUUUUGUUGUUGUGUUUUUUUGUUUCUUCUCUUCUUCGCUCUCCAUCUUGCGGUUCUUGUGUUGGCUAGCGAGGCACCUCUACACCAGCCCUCUCUGACAGAGGCAGCUCUCAGUGGCCAACCAAUGGCAAACAGCCAUGGAGUCCCUGGCCAACCAAUGGCAAACGCCCAUUGACUCUCUGGCCAACCAAUGGAACCUGUGGUUGACCAGUUGCAAACAAACCGUGCAGCCUGCAAACCAAACCAUCCAACAGCCAUGGAGCAACGGCUUGAUUAACCAAUUAGAAACAGCCAUGGAGUCCGUGGCUGACCAAUCGUGACGAGCCAUGUAGCCUGUGGACUGCUGGAAAGUGGAGUCUGCAGCUAUGGACACACAAGUAGCCUUGUUUAGGGGGAGGAGACUCUUCAUAUGUCCAGCCCUGUGAUUGGUUGGUGACUACCAACCUCCCUUUCUCAUUGGCUUGACUCUUAAAGACUGAAUAUCAGCGUCAAAUACACCAAGUUUAAUAGCAAUAAGGAACUUAAAAAUGUGUGUAUGUGUGUCUGUGAGGGAGAGAGGGGUUCUCUUCAGCAAAGGAGGCUGUGUAUGCAAUGGGGUUCGUUUCACUGUGUGUUUCGUCAGGUAAUACUAUACAAUACAGGAUGGCUGUGGACACACACACACACACACACACACACACACACACACAGGAGGAGAAUGGGGAAACCAAUUGAGAGGAAGAGGGAGAGAGAGGUGUAUGUACAGAGAGAACUGGGGGAAAAUUAUGUGGAGAAAGUUAAGGGAGAGAUGUGUUGAGGAACAGUAGAUGAGAAAGAAAGGGAGACAAGAGGAGAGAGGGAAAGGAAGUGUAGAGGUGGAGAGACAGAGUGGCAAAGAGUCGCUGUCUCACUGUUGGCAAGUUGACCACCAGAAUAACACUCCUUUAUCCUCAAAUGGUGUGUGUGUGUGCGUGCGCGUGCGCAUGUGUCAGGAAAUGUGCUUACUAAUGUGAGCUCUGUGUGCGUUCGUGCGUGUGGAGAGUUUGGCACAGGUCAACAGGAAGUCCAGAGCCCACCCUGGAGAACUGAUGCAUGCUGAGAUGAUGCCAUUUCCUGUUAUUGUUGUGGUUCCCCCCCCCCCCCCUCCCCCCAAGCUCUGUACACCUCCAGGGGAUGUUUGAUUGUUUUAUUUGCUUGUCGAUCUCAAACUCAUUUUUUUUCUUCUCUUUUCUUUUGUUUGUUUUUCUUCUGUUCUGUUCUUACUAUUUCGUGUGUAUUUAAGCGCUUGGAUCGGGGGUAAGCGAGAGGGUAGACAAAUGCCAUCUAUGGGCCAUAUGGGUGUAUGUGUGUGUGUCUGACAGACAAUGUGGGUACCGUCUGACGGCUCUUUUUUCAGUACACGUACACGUCAGCGUUAUUAUCCACCUGGGUGUUCCAAGAACGUGGUUAAGCGAUGAACCUGACUUAAGUUAACCCACAGUAAGUAGUAAAUCUAUGAAUAGAUCUCCUGCAGGUGUCGUUUUUGUCUAUAAAAUGAGGACUCGAAGCUCUUCUAUUAGCUGAUUUACCACCACCUCCCUGGUUAACUUAACCUGGUGUGCUGCUACGGAACCCCCUUCUUGAUACCCUCCUGGGGGGUAUUCUAAGAACCUGGCUUGGUAGUAAACCAGUUACCCUUACGGUGUAGUGGUAAAUCGUCUAAUAGAAGUGCCCGGAGUCCUUGUUUGCUCAACUAUGACAGCCGUGAGUGCUCUAUUAGCAUGUUUACCAGUAGACUAACAGCUAGGUUUAUCAUUACACUAGUGUAUGCCAAUAACAAGGCUAAGCGAUCAACCUGUUUGAAGUAAAUCUACAGAAAGUGGUAAACCCAAUAAUAGAUGGCCCACAUGUGUCAUUUAGUUGAGACAAUGAGGGCUCCAGGCUCUUGUAUUAGGUGAUUUACUACUACCUCAAGGUCAACGUAACCUGGUGUACGAACUGAGCUAUGUUCUUGGAACACCUCCCUGGUCUUCUACUGUAGAGAUCAUUGGAGCUCCAUUGCUAGCUCCGGCAAGGAGGCCUGUUGACAGUAGCCCCGUACGACUUUGUUGCGAGCGUCGAUGUUGCAAAAGUCAGGUGAGCGAGAACUUGUUGUCACGAUGUGGGUGUUAUUAAAUACAGCGCAUUUGCAGUCGGCCACAAAUAUGAACGAGACGAUGAGCUCGCACCGGUUUGCUCUACUAACACACCACGUGUGAGGAGUGGGGGGACAGGCAGUGAGGAGGAGCUGAAGUGGGGACCUGCGCAAACUUGUGUAGAGGUGUGAGACAAGACCCAUAUACACACGUGAGUGAGUUGUUGACCAACCAGUUCAUGGGCGCGUGACCUCGGAGGCAGUCCGCCGACGAGCGUUGAAGGGGAUAAGCAACUGCAGAGGUUGCAAGAUCUGACUGCAGCCGCAUUCAUCCCGCGAUAGUUUUACACCAUGUGACAUGUCACCUCGUCAACGCAACGUCGACGAAAUUUCGAAGUUUGACAGGAAAUCUAACCGUCAUGCAGCAUUUUCCAUCCAGGGUGCAUUGCUGUCUAAAUGUGCAUUCAUGCGUUGACACAUAUCGAAUGCACCUAUUGUCGCAGGGAGAUCUGCAUGUAUGGGUGUGUCUGACUCUGAUUAUGUGGGCGUAUUCUGGACAAUUUGGGGCCUGCCUUGGGCAGCAUUGUGGGUUUUUAUUGGACGUCAAUAAAGAACUGAAUGAGUGCA